GUUGUGUGCAUGCGGUGGGAUUGUGAGAGGGAGUGUGUGAGCUGUGGGCAGUGUUGACUUCUUCUGAGAGUGGUCUUCUAGGCGAUAGGUUGUGUGUCCAAGUGUGAUGGUGUUUGCCCUCUUUAGGGUGUAGAUUUGAGUUCUCCGAGGCCCUUCUGCGUUUUCAUCGUUGUAUAUAAUUACGUUCGUUUGCCUUCUCGACAUGUGUGCGGGGUUGCUUGGCCUUUGCGAUUGUGUUUGUAUCGUCUCGUUGUGUCGGGCGUGUGUGAGCCUGACUGCGUUGGGUUGUGCGUCCCUGAGCGAUUGCGUUUGAUCGAUUUCGUUGUGUCGUGCUGGACAAUGUGUGGGCCUGACCGAGUCGGCUUGUGGGGCAGUGUUGCGUUGUGCUUACUUCGCUUCCCUUCUAUGGAGCUGGACCGCGUGUGGCCCUGUCCGCACCGGUGUGUGCCUGUGUGCUGGUGUCCUUUGGAAGUGCGUUUGUAAAUCGCUGGGGGGUGGAGGGGAGGGCGAGCGAGCGAGAGAUGGAUGCGCGAGUUGAGGAGGCGGCAUGGGGGCGGGGAGAGGGAUUUCACGUUUUAUUCCAAAUUAUGAUGUAUUCGGAAGCCAGCGUUGGCUUGGAUGAGCAGCCCUGCUCUGUCCAGAGGCCACUCUGUGCCUCGGUGUUGGAGGGGUUGUUAGUGAGUGGGAGGCUCUUCCAGGCUGGAAGCUGAGCAGCGCUCGCGGAGGCCAGCGCCUUCAGGCCGGUAGCCGCCGGCUUCGGUUCUCGCCGCAUUCAGGCUUCGUCCAUUUCUGGUCAGUUUCGCGGGUACGGCCGCCGGGGUCUGCGGGAGAGGCCCGGAAAAGACAAUGGGCGCAUUCUCCAGGCCUCGCGCCUCGGGUGGGGACCUUCGGGAUCAUCUCCAAGGAACAUUUUUCUACCCCCUCCCCGGGUGAGCGACAUUCCCGCGUGGGUCAGGUACCCGUCACAUCGAUGACCGGGACCGGGCUUCCUGGAGGGACGGGGUCAGUGCUGCCCUAGCUCCGAAAGAAAGGAUUUUGUUUUGCCAGUUACUGUGGUUGCUAAUGUCAUCAUCAUCACCACCACCACUACUACCACCACCACCAUCAUCAUCAUCAUCAUCGUAUUUUAAUUAAAAUAAUCGUCCAGGAGCGAAGCGGCUUGUCCCUUUUAGCUUCUUCGGGGCGAUAACAAAGCAGCGCGGGUUUCCUCCCACCAGCGCUGAUCUUUAAACUGCUGGGUUUGUGGUAGGGAGAGAAAAUGGAGAGAGGGACGAACACAGAGACUCCGUCCUAAAGCAGAAAUUAAACCCGACCUCAGACACCGGGCGUGACUGGAUUCCUUCUUGUUCCCACACCUCCCCCCUCAUUUGGAUUAGAAGAGGAGAAAGAAAAUCUCCCGCAUUGGACUGAAACCGCAGGGAAUAAUUAUUACUGUAUUUCCACUAAAGCCGGGGCAAAAAGGAGGUGGCCUUAGCAAUUAAUUCAAGACUUCGAUGUGUGACCAUAAACUGGACAAUUUAGGCAAAACAAAUUAAACAAACCUUCCGGAGGGAGGGAAAAAAAGGUGAACUAAAUUUCACUACCGCUACACCCUGGGAAGCAGUACUGGAUUUAUUUUUACCCUCCGUCCUUUCCUUGUUUAUUGCUGAAAAGAAUUACUAAAAUUCUCCCCUUCUCUGACGAUCUGAAUGCCGAUAAAUCGAAAAUCUUGUGUAGGGAUUGUUGAGGGAAAGGCGAGGGCCUUUCCUUUCUUUCUUUUUCCCUUUCUUUUCUUUUCCUUUCUUUCUUUUCCUCCUCUCCCUCUUCUUCCCCGCCCCCCUUAAUCUGUAGGAAGAAAAAAAGGGACUGGGUUACAUCAGAUAUCCCCCCACCCACCCCUUUCUCUGGGAUCUGCGCCGUUCAGACUGUAUCCCUUCGGGAAAGUAUCCUUUGGAAUUGGGUUCUGGUUUCGCUUUGGGUUGGAGGUGGGCAGGUGAGAGUCAUGGAGAGAAUGGGGUCCUCAGAGGUUCUGUCCCACCGACCAGGGUCUGAAGAUCGGAUUCCCCUUUUCGGACACACAUCCCCCUACCCACCCAUGCCAGGCUGCGGACGACUCCGCGCUGUGGCCACAGCUCCGGCCUGACUUCGGUUCCCGAGCCAACGGCGUAGACGAGUCUGCUUAGAAAACAAAUGGCCACACUGAACCAGACAUCCCGGUUGGAGGACCGCCCAGGACCACACCGCGGCCUAACUGCCGGUCUCUCAGUGAGAGAGGGGGAAAGCAAAGACCCCUUCCACAACCUGGACCUCGGCUCCUGCCCCUCUCCCGCCGGAGGAGGAGUGGAGAUCCUAUUCAGAGGGGCCGCUCUCUCUAAAUAUGCCCCAGGAUGACGGAGCGGCCGCCGAGCGAGGCGGCACGCAGUGACCCCCCGCUAGACGGACGGGACGCGGCCGAGGCCCGCAUGGCCCCCCCGCACCUGGUCCUGCUGAACGGCGUCGCCAAGGAGACGAGCCGCGCGGCCCCGGCGGAGCCCCCGGUCAUCGAGCUGGGCGCGCGCGGCGGCGGCCCGGGGGGCGGCCCCGCCGGUGGGGGCGGCGCCGCGCGAGACUUAAAGGGCCGCGACGCGGCGGCUGCCGAAGCGCGCCAUCGGGUACCCACCACCGAGCUGUGCAGACCUCCUGGGCCCGCGCCCGCCUCGGCCCCCGCAGAGCUGCCCGGCGACGGCCGCAUGGUGCAGUUGAGCCCGCCCGCGCUGGCGGCCCCGGCCGCCCCCGGCCGCGCGCUGCUCUACAGCCUCAGCCAGCCGCUGGCUUCUCUCGGCAGUGGGUUCUUUGGGGAGCCAGAUGCCUUCCCUAUGUUUGCCACCAACAACCGAGUGAAGAGGAGACCCUCCCCUUAUGAGAUGGAGAUUACUGAUGGUCCCCACACCAAAGUCGUGCGGCGCAUCUUCACCAACAGCCGGGAGCGAUGGCGGCAGCAGAAUGUGAACGGGGCCUUCGCUGAGCUCCGCAAGCUGAUCCCCACGCAUCCCCCAGACAAGAAGCUCAGCAAGAAUGAGAUCCUCCGCCUGGCCAUGAAGUACAUCAACUUCCUGGCCAAGCUGCUCAAUGACCAGGAGGAGGAGGGCAGCCAGCGGGCCAAACCUGGCAAGGACCCUGCGGUGGGGGCUGGUGGAGGGGGUGGUGGCGGAGGGGGCGCUGCACCUCCAGAUGACCUCCUGCAGGACGUGCUGUCCCCGAACUCCAGCUGUGGCAGCUCCCUGGACGGGGCAGCCAGCCCGGACAGCUACACGGAAGAGCCGGCACCCAAGCACACGGCCCGCAGCCUCCAUCCUGCCAUGCUGCCCGCCGCGGAUGGAGCCGGCCCUCGGUGAUGGGUCUGGGGCCACCCAGGACCAGCCAGGAGGGUGCCCUCAGGCCACGGGCACCAUGGGCUUUAGGGCAGGUGGGGUGAGGAUUGGGCAGCUCUGAAGCAGGGCAUGGACUUUUGAUGAGCUUUCCUUGAUGUCUGAGCUGUGGGAAGUCCCAGCUGCCUCUGGGGCUGGCUUUCCUGUUUCCUGCCUCAGUAGGAGAACAGAAACAUGGAGCAAAGUGGUAGGUACUUUUUAUGAAGAUGGCACGGUCUUCCCCCUUUUCCAUACCCCUAAGACUUCUCAAGUGAGAGGCUGGAGCGGCGUUGCUUCCGGCCUGGCGCACGGGAGCCCUGUCUUCGCUGAGACCUGGGGUUGUCAGCUCUCUCCUGUGUCCGGCAGCCUCUGCCUCGCCUUGAGCCCCUCCCAAGCUCGCUGGGGUGGCUUUUGUGGCCACACUGUCCAAAUACACAGGUACCCAAUAGCUGCCCGUUUCUUGAGCCCCAUCUUCACCCAGGCCCCUGUUGGUCCGUCCAGCUGCAGAGAGUCACAAGCCUCGAGGUGCCUUCUUCAGGGCCUGGCUGAAGAAGACGGCCAGUGGACAGCCUGCUCUCGACUAGCUGGGCCAGAGGGUCAGAAACCCAGAAGCCCUUACUCCUUGCCCUGGGGAUCGAAGCUCUGCUCUCUCCCCACUGAGACUUGCCUUCCUCAUCCUUGUGGCUGUGGGGACUGAGUCUGCGGCUGUGAGCGUGCCCUGUGAGCUUUGUUCGAAGGCAGACAAAGGAGAAAUGAUGAGAGUGAAAUUGAGCAAGAGCUAUUUGGGGCACGUGGGCUUCAAAUCGUGGUGGUGCCUCAGAGCUACCUGCCUGCGUCCUCAGCGACACGUCGCUGUUCACGCAGGGAGCAGAUGCCAGUGUGCUGAUCGGUGUGUGUUGAUGCUGAGAGUAGACGUGCGGCCCCAUCUCGCGUUCUCCUAGCUCCUCAGAGGGGCCUCCCUGCUGCAGGAUGUCUGUUUGCUGAUGGUCUGGUCUGUGUCCUGAAACUGAAUCGACAAACUCUGUCCUAUGAAUUCUUGGCAUUUGGGAUUUUGCUUAACUUCAGGUAUUUGUGGGAUCUCUAGGUCUUGAUAUGACCCAGGAUCUAGCCCCACUUCUAGUGCCUGGGGAGCCCAGUGAGAGACCAGGCCCUGGCGGAGACCCAAACACAUUGACGUUCACUUAGCAGAACCUUCGGCAUUCCUGAGCGCACAAAUUUUGGUCAUCCAGGGUGUGUAUGGGAGGCUGGCGUGACGCAGUAGGAGUACUCCCCCCCAGAAGCUGUACAUGACAUUUUUGUAAAUCAAAUCCUUAUCUUCACCUUUUAAAGAAAUACUGCCACGAGUCCCUUGGUAAAGUGGAGAAUCCUUUUGUAGAGUGGACUGCUGCCCCCUCAUUGAUCUCCCGUGUCAAUCCAGAUGGUGGGACAUGGUUUUCUUAAGGCGACGCCUGCCUGUGACCCACCUCCCAAGUCCCUGGAACAAACUGCACACAAGUCCUACAUACCUGUCAUUGUGCCCUCAAGUCACCCCAGCCGGCUCUGACCAGGCGCUGCCUUUGAGGUCAGAGGGAAAACAAUGCCCUGACUUUGCCCUGUCCAUAGCAAUGUGGAAGAACCACCGCUGCGGCUGUCGGGAAAGGCCCUCACACCUUAUGGGCUCCAGCCUGGUGGCUCGCCUUCACCAUGGCAGGACCUUGGGGACAGCCGCAUGCCCAUGGGGAAUGAUCCCUGCUCUCCUCCCCUUCCUUUUAAGUUGUGAGAGGAGAGGUCCAGUUUGUGGGGGUGGGAGCAACAUGGUUAACCCUUGUAGCACUCUCUCUGUCCCAUUUCAGCGCCCCCCCCCCAUCAUAUUUUGAUGAACAUUAGGAUUCGUUCCUUUCUGAUACUUGGAAGCUCCUGUGAAAAAUCCCAUCUGUCUAAAGAUGGAGCACCUGUUCUAGGUCCUAAGGCUGUGUUUGCUUCCGGUGGGUUAAUUUGACCUGGGAGUGAAAAGUGGCCACGGUGAGCAUAGGUGGAUGGGUUUUAGGAGAUGGAUCACACAUUCUUUGAGGAACUCCAGCUACUGGCUUCCUCUUCUCUCAGACUUGCAGUGUGACCUGGAAAAGUUCUCUCUCUGAAAGUCAAUUUCUCAUAAAUACGCUAGCUUGGCCUGUCUCCUAGGGCUGUGGUGUGGACUGAAUGGAAUCGUGAAAGUAGAAGCAUUUUGAGAUCGUACGGAACUCUGUCCCCCUCACUAUCAUUCCUGCAGUGGGGUUUCCCACCCUGAGUCCGGGACCGAGGCAGUGGGCCAGUCUGCCUGUCUGCAUAGCAUUUGGGUAAUUUAGGUUCUAAACCACUUUAUCCUGAGAUAUCUAGGUUAUCCUUAUCUCUCCAGAUUGACCUCAUUUCAGUCUCAUUCCAAAGCAAGGCACAGGAGGGAGACUAGAAAAGAGAGAUGGGGACAGAGGCAGAAUAUGUGAAAAGUACUACAGCUACCCGAGACAGGCCUGGGUAGGGGUGGGCAAAGCUUUGUGUCUUUGUUAAGUACUAGAAAAGAUCCAUAAUUUUCACUUUCCUUUCCAGCACCUCCCCCCACCAUACUCUUCUCCUUCCUCUGCCUCCUCUUCACCCAUGAACAUUCUCCAUCCAAGAAUAAUAUCUGUACAAAAAGGAAAAAAUGUAAAAAAACAUGAGGAGGACAAAGAUGACUGUUAAUGACUGGAGGGAAUCAUGUCUUUUAAGACAAAUUCGUAUUCUUUUAUUUGUAGUGGCAAACGACAAGAUGGUACAACCUUUAUCCUUUUCCGAAAGCAAAACAAAGGGCACAGCAUCGGUAGUCAGCCGACAACUGUCUCGGCCUUUGGGGGUGGUCGUGUCGUACUUGUGAUGUCAAUGGUACGUGGCCCCCGCUGAAGGCUUGCCCCCCAGCCCAUGUACAUAGCGCAUCGUUCCUGCGGGCGGGCCCAGCACUUUCCGUCAAUGUUGUACUGUACGUGAUGCAUUGCGUUGGUCUCUGCAUUUUUCUGCAGAAGAGGAGUAACCGCUCCAGGUACCUUGACCUUUGUACAGCCCAGAGGCCAACACUGUGGGCGUGUGACUCUAGCGACAAAACCCAUGUGGUGAUGAUGUGUGUAUAUAUAUAAGGAUAUAUUGGGAAGAUUUCUAAAUAAAAGUUUUA